AUGGUUGUUUCUAACGAAAAAAAUUCCCUUAUUAAAGAAUUUGCAAAUCAGAAAAAGGAGUACCAAAAUCUUACAGACAGUUAUGACAAUUGUCAAGAAAAGUACAAUAUCUUGUUGGAAACUGAGAAGAAUUUAAAAGAAAAAAACCGAAAUCUCCUAGAUGAAAAUUCUACUUUAAAAGCAAAGCUUUCAAAUCAGGAAAGUAAAUUUUGGCUCCAUACUUCUUUCAACACGCUUGAAGAACUAACUAAAGAGUGCUUGCAAAAAAUCUCUAACACAGAAAAAAUACCACAAGAACCAGCAUUGUGCAACACACUUUUAGAAAAUUGGUGCAAAGAUUUGGAAAAUAUUACGUUGAAGUUAAAACGAGAUUUAGACAAGCAGGAUGAUCCCAGAAGAUCUUUACGCAAUACUAUACAGGAUGUGACAGGAAAUAUACGCGUUUUUUGUAGAAUUCGGCCUCCGAUCACCAGUGAGGAGAACGAAAGACAACUCUGCGCAAUGUCUUUCCCUAAUGAAACAAGUUUAGAAAUACGAAAAGCUCGGAAAAGUGUCAAUGUUCUUAGCGGCAAACUCAUAAAUCUGAAGCAAAAGUUUACUUUUGAUAAAGUUUUCCCACCUGAUGUUACUCAAGCAGAGGUAUUUGAAGAAUUAGGGCAGUUAGUUCAGUCAGCGUUGGACGGUUAUCAUGUAUGUGUUUUUGCCUAUGGACAACCUGGAUCUGGGAAAACAUACACAAUGCAAGGGUCGUCGAACGACUGUGGCAUUAUUCCAAGGACGAUCGACUUAAUUUUCCAAAAGAUUGACAAACUUUCAACAUUAGAUUGGAAUUAUAGCGUCACAGCAAGUUUUCUUGAACUAUAUAACGAAAAUAUACGAGAUCUUCUUCUUCCAAACAGCACACACAAUUACGAAGUGCGUUAUAAUGAAGGACACGGUAUAACAGUCACCAAUCUUCAAAUUAUUCCAAUUACUUCAGCCGAAGAACUGAAACUUCUUAUGGAAGAAGCGCAGAAGAAUAGGACAGUAGCAGCAACAAAUUCUAAUGAGCAUAGUUCUAGAUCUCAUGCAAUAACUAAAAUUCAUCUUGAAGGAUAUAAUGAGACAAGUAAAGUUAAAUAUUCUGGUUCCAUACAUUUAGUAGAUUUGGCUGGUUCUGAAAGUGCCAGAACUACCAAUGCAGAAAGACUGAAUGAAACCAAAAAUAUAAAUACAAGCUUAUCAGCACUGGGAAAUGUAAUGUUAGCUUUGUAUAAUAAGCACCCACACAUUCCAUACAGAAACUCAAAGUUGACAUUUUUGCUGCAGUCUUGUCUUGGCGGUAAUUCCAAAACAUUAAUGUUCGUAAAUGUUUCACCUUUUGAAGAGUGUUUUGGGGAAAGCAUAAACUCUCUAAGAUUUGCGUCCAAAAUAAAAGAAAUUAAAACAGUUGCCAAGAAGAAUAAAACUUACGCAUUCCAGUGUUACCAUUAA